AUGGGGAGUAAUAAACACGAAACCUAUGGAGAGGUAGAAUUAAAUAAUUGUGGUUUCACUCAUGUAGAUGCAACUAUGGAAGGUACCGUUGGUACAUAUACUAUCAAUAUUGAUAUGGAUCCAAAAACAGGAAAAGUGUCAUCUGAUUGUUCUUGUCCCGUUGGAGAUGGUUGGUGUAAACAUAUAAGGGCAACAGCAAUAGCAAUGUAUUAUAAUCUCAAACAAAAAUCUCUAUCAUCUUUUACACCAAAAGUACAAUACAAAGAGUCGUUGGAUAAAAUGUCAAAAGAUGAAUUAGUUGGAAUCAUCAUGGAAUUGAAAUUCCCAGAUCAAGACGAUGAUGAAGAAGACGAAGAAGACAAUGAAGAUGAUGAUGAAGAUGAAGAUGACGAUGACGAUGACGAUGAAGAUGAAGAUGAAGAUGAAAAUUAUAGUGAUAGUUCAUUUGGAGGGUACUAUAAUAGAAAAAGAAAACGUUAUCAUUAUUAA